CCUGCAGUAGAGCUCGUCACACAUCAUAUCCAUAUAUAUCAUCUAGAGAGAGAAAAAUCACAUCUUUAUGUCAUACAUGUCUAGAGAGAGAAUGAAACAGAGUAGGGCAAGGACAGGGGCAGGAAAACACAGAGAUUUUUCAUCCAAAGGCAGAUCAUACCUAUAUCUAUAGGUUUAUAUAAUUAUUAUUUUUCGUUUUGGACUUUCUUUAACUCUGGCAAUUCGAUUCAUAACCAUAAAAGCGGUUAUUAUGAUAACACCUUUUCACUCCAACAACACAUAACAAACCAAUCACACACCCACUUUGUUAUUCUGCAGAAUUCUGUUCUACUGCGUUAAAGAUCGUUCAUUUUCGUUCUUCCUCUGCUGGUUUGAGUGAAACUCAAUUUGUGUUCUAUUGGGUUUUUGUGGUUUGGUUUGUUUGUUUUUGAGUGUGUUUCAAUGGAGCUUUACCGCCAGUUUGAUCACUGUGACACCCACUUGCCUCCUGGGUUUCGGUUCCACCCAACUGACGAGGAACUGAUUACAUUCUAUCUCUUGAAGAAGGUGCUUGACAGUAAUUUCACUGGAAGAGCCAUUGCUGAAGUGGACCUUAACAAAUGUGAACCAUGGGAGCUCCCUGAUAAAGCUAAAAUGGGAGAGAAAGAGUGGUACUUCUUUAGCCUGAGAGACCGUAAGUACCCAACUGGACUCAGGACUAAUAGAGCAACUGAAGCUGGGUACUGGAAAGCUACUGGCAAAGAUAGAGAGAUUUACAGUUCAAAGACCAGUGCACUUGUGGGAACGAAGAAGACACUGGUGUUUUAUAGAGGUAGAGCCCCUAAAGGAGAGAAGAGCAACUGGGUUAUGCAUGAGUAUCGCCUUGAAGGGAAGUUUGCUUACCAUUACGUCUCCAGGAGCUCCAAGGACGAGUGGGUGAUCUCCCGGGUCUUCAAAAAGACUGGUGGUAUCAACGCAAGCAGUAGCAGUACUGCCGGUGCCAAGAAAAACUGCCUGAACCAGAACAUCAGUCUCUACACUGAAGCCAGCUCUCCUUCUUCAGUCUCUCUGCCACCUCUCCUUGAACCUGGGAGCAACUCUAUCACAGGGACCACAUCGAGCACCACCAUGACCGACCGCAAGAGCAGCUCCUAUAUCAACCCCUCUCAAUCCGAGCACGUGUCCUGUUUCUCCACAAUAGCGGCAGCAGCCACUGCCGCCAACAGCUACUUUGAUUUCACUUCCAUUCAGCAUCAGCCACAUCAACAGCCUCCAUUUCUUGCAAUUGAAGCAUCCUCUAGGUUUCAAAGAAGUGCUGAUGUCAAUGCAUUCUCAAGCCUUGCAUCCUUGCAGGACAAUCUGCAGCUCCCCUUUUUCUUCUCACUGCCCGGGACGGUCUCCUCUCUGCCGCCGCCAGCAAUGCAGGAUGGUGGUGCUGGUGGUGGCUCCAGUAUGACUUGGGAUAGUGGAAGGAUGGAUGUUGGUCCUACUGAGCUUGACUGCCUAUGGACUUACUAAGACUGUUUGAGACUUCCUUGUUAAUCUUAGUGUCUUUGUCUUGUGAUCAGUAUUUCUAUUUCUGAAACCUGGAUUUGUAAUUAAUGAUAUGUGUGUAGUGCUUAGUAAGUAGUGUUUGUAGGAAAGAUUUGGUAUCAUCUAUGUUGUUUAUCUAUCCUUAUCAGAGAGAUAUUACUCUGCUUAGGACUGUGACUGCUUUAACUUUAG